AUGACGGACGACCAAGGCCGCAAGCCAGCGACCUUCAAAGGCCGUCUCCAACUAGACGCCUUCAAAUACACCACCACCGAACCAAUGCGCCGCAACCCCCCACGCGCGGCCUCAACCCCCAUCCAGACCAGAGCCCAAGAUGAAUCCCCAACCCCGUCACUGUCCCCAAGAAAGCGCACAUCAUCAUCGCCGCCAAAAUCGUCACCAGAGAAGAAGAAAAAGAAACGCACCCGACAAGCAGGCUACGCACCACCCUCAACAUACGCCCACCUCCCUCUGCUCCCAGACGCCAUCGCCCACAACCUCCUCGUGCUCUUCGUCGGUCUCAACCCGGGCAUACGGACCGCCAUGACCGGCCACGCAUACAACCACCCGUCCAACCUAUUCUGGAAGCUCAUGUACUCCAGCGGCGUCACGCCGCGGCGAUGCUACGCAGAAGAGGACCGGGAAAUGCCGGCCCUGUAUUCGCUUGGGCUGACCAACAUCGUGGCUCGGCCUACGCGCAACGGCUCGGAGCUCAGCAAGGCCGAGAUGGACGACGGGGUGGCCCUUUUGGAGCAGAAGGCCAGGACGUACCGGCCCGAGAGUAUGUGCGUCGUGGGAAAGAGCAUAUGGGAGAGCAUAUGGCGGGUGCGGCACGGGUCGAAUGUGGGCAAGCAGUUCAGGUACGGGUGGCAGGAUGAGACGGAGAAUAUGGGCGUCGUGGAGGGCUCAUGGGGCGGCGCGAGGGUGUUUGUUGCGUCGAGCACGAGCGGUUUGGCGGCGACCUUGACGCCAGCGGAGAAGGAGAGGAUAUGGGGUGAGCUGGGGGCGUGGGUGAAGAUGAGGAGGGCUGAGAGGGAGGCUGCCGAGAGCAAGGAGGAGGAGGAGGAGGAGGCCGAGAGAUGA